AUGACGAAAAAACCUCAAAAGAUAUAUGUCCUUGGAUGGAGUGAACGCCGCAUUUUCUAUGCGGAUGUUGGGUCGAAUUCGAUUGAGAGGCUCGACUUGGACGGCACCUUCCCUCAGACGGUCCAGAAGUACGACGUGGACGGUCUUGAAGGAAUUGCAGUCGAUUGGAUCGGACGCAAUCUUUACAGUCUGAGGAAAGCAGAUAUCAUUGUGCAGACGCUCACUGGCCGAUAUCGACGAGCUUUGUACAAAGGAGUGAUGCGGCUUCCAAGAGCAAUUGCUGUUCACCCAGCAAAAGGGUAA